UCCCUGCGGCAGGCGGUUUUCUAUCAGUAGCCUUGCGCUCCGGCUUAGCCGGUCCCUCUACAGAGACUCGGUUUCUCGCUCUGGCGCCUCUGGCAAGUCUCGGUGGACCUUGGCCUCGGGUGCCGUUACUAUUGUUCUUCGAGGCUGGGCCGCAGGGGAGGGCUGCCUCUCUCUUCAAACCUCUCCUUUGGUCUCUCCCUCCGCCCGGCACCGUGCUGCGGAGAGCCUCAGCAGUCCCGGAUCACCGAUCUUUCCCGAGAAAUAGAGUCAGCUCCAGCGGCUCUCCCGAACAGCGGCCGAAGACGCUCCCGAGAGCUCCCGAAGAACCCCGGCCGUUCGCUGUCUCCGGAAAGAACCGAAGGAGCUUUCUACCCUCGGCCUGCCGAGCCCUUCCGAAAAGGGACGAAAAGCUCCGAGCGGCCGUCCUGCCGGACUGCUGGAGGCGGCCGCAGCGCCAUGUUGGAUGCUCUGCUCGUUGAGUGAAGAAAAUCCGUCCGCAUCGCCCGAGCCCCGCUACCGAGAAGGGCGCCGCUUCCCCCGGGGAGGGGGACAGAGACCCCCCGCCGCCGGCCCAUGAGGAUAUUGCCGUGAAAGGUCCGGUCUCUCCGCCUCCUGCCCCCGCCGGGUCCGGCCCCCCCCUCCCCGGGGUCGCGUUGUCACGGAGACCGGCAGCCGGUGGUGCUGGCCCGCGGGGCGGCUGCUGCUGCCGGCGGCGGCGGCGGCGGAGGCGGCGGCGGCGGCGGAGGGCGUGUGUGACCGGUCCCGGCCCCCUCCUCCUCCUCCUCCCAGCCUCCCCCCGGCCCCCCGCUCCCGCCGCCUCCCCGGGUCUGCCCCCAUCCCGCCCCUCCGCUGCCCCCGGCCCCUGCACCCCGGCGCGCCCGGUCCCGCUCUGGGGGGGUUGGUGGCUUCGCUUUGCCAUGAGUUUACCGCAGAAACCGGCUCUGAAAUCAGGCUCAGCGGCUGCAGCAGGAACCGGACCCGGCACCGGAGCGGCGGCGGCAGCGGCGGCGGUACCGCCUCCUCACCCGGCGGCGGCGGCGGCAGCGGCGGCGGCAGCGGCGGCAGCGGCAGCGGCGGCCCCUCCUCACCCGAACAUCAGGGCCCUCCAGACCCCGGCGCCCCAACAAAUUCCUAGAGGACCUGUACAACAGCCUUUGGAGGAUCGGAUCUUCCCUCCCACGGUCUCUGCAGUCUACAGCACGGUAACACAGGUAGCAAGACAGCCGGGACCCCCAACCCCUUCCCCUUACUCAGCACAUGAAAUAAGCAAGGGGCACCCCAAUCUUGCGGCCACGCCCCCGGGACAUGCAUCGUCCCCUGGACUCUCUCAAACCCCUUAUCCCUCUGGACAGAAUGCAGGUCCAACCACAUUGGUCUACCCUCAAGCCCCUCAGACAAUGAAUUCACAGCCUCAGACCCGGUCUCCGCCCAGCAGAACAGUGCCAAUACAUUGCACAGACAACUGGAAGAGGAGGAAGGUUUUGGAACAGACUCCCGUUUACAGGUCCUUGGCUGGAAGAGGCUGGAUAAAAUACUGCAUUUUUGCAGCGGGGCCUCGACCUGCCCAUCAUCAGGGAGGAUUCAGACCCAUCCAGUUUUUCCAGAGGCCUCAAAUCCAGCCUCCCAGAGCCACCAUCCCAAACAGCAGUCCUUCCAUUCGUCCUGGUGCACAGACUCCCACUGCCGUGUAUCAGGCCAAUCAGCACAUCAUGAUGGUUAACCAUCUGCCGAUGCCGUACCCUGUGCCCCAGGGGCCUCAGUACUGUAUACCACAGUACCGCCACAGCGGCCCUCCGUAUGUGGGCCCCCCACAGCAGUAUCCGGUUCAGCCACCGGGGCCGGGGCCUUUUUAUCCUGGACCAGGACCUGGGGACUUCGCUAAUGCUUAUGGAACGCCUUUUUACCCAAGUCAGCCAGUGUAUCAGUCAGCACCUAUCAUAGUGCCUACGCAGCAACAGCCCCCUCCAGCCAAGAGAGAGAAAAAAACUAUAAGAAUUCGAGAUCCAAAUCAGGGAGGUAAAGACAUAACAGAGGAGAUUAUGUCUGGAGGUGGCAGCAGAAAUCCCACUCCACCCAUAGGAAGACCCACUUCCACACCCACUCCUCCUCAGCAGCUGCCCAGCCAGGUCCCCGAGCACAGCCCUGUGGUAUAUGGGACUGUGGAGAGAGCUCAUCUUGCUGCCAGCACCCCUGUCACUGCAGCUAGCGACCAGAAGCAAGAAGAGAAACCAAAACCAGAUCCAGUGUUCCAGUCUCCUUCCACAGUCCUUCGGCUUGUCCUUAGUGGGGAGAAGAAAGAGCAAGCCGGCCCCAUACCCGAGACUACUGCAGGAGAGCCCACCCCAGAACUUCCUCUGACUUCAUCGCCUGCCACCCUUGCUCCGCUUGCCCGGAGUUCAGUUCCUUCCCCUACUUCUACUGCCCUUAGCAGCCAGCCACUGUUCACUACUGUUCUUGAGGCCAAGUGUGAACUUUCCUCCUCAAAAGAAGAUGCACUUCCUGUACCCAGCCCAUCUUGCACAGUAACAUCAGACCCUUCACUGACAGAAGACAAUGAUAUAUGCAAGAAACCUUGUAGUGUAGCACCUCAUGACAUUCAGCUAAUUUCUAGUACUAACCUAAUUAAUGAAGUGAAAGAAGUUGGUGAAAAGCUACCCACCAAGGACAGCAUUGUGGACAUGGUGAAACAGGAAGUGCUGCCAUUGACUCUUGAAUUGGAGAUUCUGGAACAUGCCCAGGAAGAAAUGAAAGUGGAGUGCACCCCGACUCCCAUCACCCCUUCCACGCUAACUCCCUUUUCCCCAGCCCCUCCGACUCCCCCAACUUCUCCUCCUUGCAUCCCUGUCAUUUCUGCCACCACUGCUCGUUGUCCUGUUGCUGCCACUAUGGUCCAGAGAGUUGUUGAAGAGGGAGAGAGCAUAAGAACUUGCCUUAGCGAGGAUGCAAACGAAACUCAGAACAAAUCAGAGGCAGAAGCAGAUGGGUCAACAGAAGAGAUUGUGGAUUCUCAGAAUCUUAAUUCAAGAAGGAGCCCUGCCCCAGUGCAAACAGCCAUCAUUGCACCAAAGACAUGGAAGAAAGCGAAAGAUCGGAGCCGAACCCCAGACGAGGUGUUAGAGGCAGAGGCAGAGCCUAAAGCUGAUGAGGAUCUUCCAGUUGACAGAGUACUUGAACCUGAGACAGAUAAAAUGAGCCAAGGGUUUCACUUUGAGAGAGACCCCUCUGCCCUGAAAAGAGCGAAAGCUGGGGAAGAAAACGGAGAAGAAGCCGAGCCUCUACGCAAUGGUGCUGAGAGUACUUCUGAGGGGGAAGGAGGAGAUGCCAAUUCAGGCUCCACUGAUAGUUCUGGUGAUGGGAUCACAUUCCCAUUUAAAGCAGAGUCCUGGAAGCCUGCGGAUACAGAAGGCAAGAAGCAAUAUGACAGGGAGUUCCUCCUGGACUUCCAGUUUAUGCCUGCCUGUAUCCAAAAACCAGAGGGCCUGCCUCCCAUCAGUGACGUGGUUCUUGACAAGAUCAACCAGCCCAGACUGCCGAUGCGAACCCUGGACCCUCGCAUUUUGCCUCGAGGACCUGACUUCACCCCAGCCUUUGCAGAUUUUGGAAGGCAGACGCCUGGAGGAAGAGGCGUGCCUUUGUUGAAUGUUGGGCCUCGGAGGUCUCAGCCUGGCCAGAGAAGGGAGCCCAGAAAGAUCAUCACCGUCUCUGUAAAAGAAGACGUGCAUCUGAGAAAGGCAGAGAACGCCUGGAAGCCCAGCCAGAAGCGGGAUAGCCAUGCGGACGACCCCGAAAGCAUUAAAACACAGGAACUUUUCAGAAAAGUUCGGAGUAUCUUAAAUAAACUAACACCACAGAUGUUCAACCAGCUGAUGAAGCAGGUGUCGGGCCUUACCGUGGACACCGAGGAGCGGCUGAAAGGAGUCAUCGACCUGGUCUUUGAGAAGGCUAUUGAUGAGCCCAGUUUCUCUGUGGCUUAUGCAAACAUGUGUCGAUGCCUAGUAACGCUAAAGGUACCCAUGGCAGAGAAGCCUGGUAACACAGUGAAUUUCCGGAAGCUGCUGCUAAACCGUUGCCAGAAGGAGUUUGAAAAAGAUAAAGCAGAUGAUGAUGUCUUUGAGAAGAAGCAGAAAGAACUUGAAGCUGCCAGCGCUCCAGAGGAGAGGACAAGGCUUCAUGAUGAACUGGAAGAAGCUAAGGACAAAGCCCGACGGAGAUCCAUCGGCAACAUCAAGUUUAUUGGAGAACUCUUUAAACUCAAAAUGCUGACGGAGGCCAUCAUGCAUGACUGUGUGGUGAAGCUGCUAAAGAACCAUGACGAAGAGUCCCUGGAGUGCCUGUGUCGCCUGCUCACCACCAUUGGCAAAGACCUGGACUUUGAGAAAGCAAAGCCACGUAUGGACCAGUACUUUAACCAGAUGGAGAAAAUCGUCAAAGAAAGAAAAACUUCGUCCAGGAUUCGAUUCAUGCUUCAAGAUGUGAUAGACCUCAGGCUGUGUAAUUGGGUGUCCCGAAGAGCAGAUCAGGGCCCAAAAACUAUUGAACAGAUUCACAAAGAGGCCAAGAUAGAAGAACAAGAAGAGCAAAGGAAAGUCCAGCAGCUGAUGACCAAGGAGAAGAGAAGGCCAGGUGUUCAAAGAGUGGAUGAAGGUGGAUGGAAUACUGUUCAAGGAGCCAAGAACAGCCGAGUUCUGGACCCCUCCAAAUUUCUGAAAAUCACUAAGCCCACCAUUGACGAGAAGAUCCAGCUGGUUCCUAAGGCGCAGCUGGGCAGCUGGGGCAAAGGCAGCAGCGGUGGAGCAAAGGCAAGCGAAGCUGCACCUUCAGGGUCCCCAUCAGCCACACCGUUAGAGUUUGAUUCCCGAAGGGCAUUAACCAGUCGUGGGAGCAUGGGCAGGGAGAAGAGUGACAAGCCACUUCCAGCCGGAGCAGCCCGCCCCAACACUUUCCUGAGAGGCAGCAGCAAAGACCUGCUGGACAAUCAGUCGCAGGAGGAGCAGCGCAGAGAGAUGCUGGAGACUGUGAAGCAGCUGACCGGAGGCGUGGAUGCUGAGAGGGCCAGCUCCGAGGCUGACCGGAGCAAGACAAGGGAGCUAGUGAAAUCAGAACUGUGCGCAGUGUCAGCCCCUGACAAGCCUGCAUUGUCAGAAGAAGAAGUGGAGAGGAAGUCCAAGUCUAUCAUUGAUGAAUUCCUACACAUCAAUGACUUUAAGGAAGCCACGCAGUGUAUAGAGGAGCUGAGUGCCCAGGGCCCACUGCACAUCUUUGUGAAGGUGGGUGUGGAAUUCACCCUGGAACGGAGCCAGAUCACCAGGGAUCACAUGGGCCACUUACUGUAUCAGCUGGUGCAGUCAGAAAAACUCAGCAAGCAGGACUUUUUCAAAGGUUUUUCUGAAACCUUGGAAUUGGCAGACGAUAUGGCCAUUGAUAUUCCCCAUAUUUGGUUGUACCUGGCUGAACUAGUCACCCCCAUGUUAAAAGAAGGGGGAAUUUCCAUGAGAGAACUUAUUGUAGAAUUUAGCAAGCCUUUACUUCCCGUUGGAAGAGCUGGGAUCCUGCUUUCUGAAAUACUGCACCUUCUAUGCAAACAAAUGAGCCAUAAGAAAGUAGGCGCCUUAUGGAGGGAGGCCAACCUCAGUUGGAAGGACUUCUUACCAGAAGGGGAAGAUGUACAUAAUUUUCUCUUGGAGCAGAAAUUGGACUUCAUAGAGACAGAAAGUUCCUGUUCCUCGGAAGCACUUUCAAAGAGAGACCUCUCUGCUGAGGAGCUGUCUCAGCGGCUGGAGAAACUCAUCAUGGAGGACAAAGCGGACGACGAGCGGAUCUUUGACUGGGUAGAGGCUAAUCUAGAUGAGAGCCAGAUGAGUUCGCCUACAUUCCUUAGAGCUUUAAUGACGGCUGUUUGCAAAGCAGCUAUUAUAGCUGACUGUCCCACCUUCAGAGUGGACACUGCCGUGAUCAAGCAGAGAGUGCCGAUCUUACUCAAGUACCUAGACUCAGACACAGAGAAGGAACUUCAAGCACUUUAUGCACUACAAGCGUCAAUAGUAAAACUUGACCAACCUGCCAAUUUGCUCCGGAUGUUUUUUGAUUGCCUGUAUGACGAGGAGGUGAUCUCAGAGGAUGCCUUCUACAAAUGGGAGAGCAGCAAGGACCCUGCAGAGCAGAACGGGAAGGGCGUGGCCCUCAAAUCUGUCACAGCAUUUUUCACUUGGCUGCGGGAAGCGGAAGAGGAGUCCGAGGAUAACUAAUACUUCAAAUACACAAACGAAACAAAAGAAACAAUUUAAGUAUUUUUUUAAAAAGUUUCACGUCUUCGCCAAUCACAGUGCAGCAAGGCCAACUCUCGCAGAAACCCCACGUGUGCACGAGUGGGAGAGGGAAAAGGAAACAGGUGAUCAUGAAGGAUAAAGGUGCUGGAACAAGGAGACAGCAGACCUGAGGGCGGGAGCUCGGAAACCAAAAUACAUGUACUAUUUAUAGAAAAUA